CAUCGCUCUUCAGAAAGCAGGUGUGCGCGUCUCAGAGCCCACUGCUGAGUUCGGCUCUUCAGAUUUGUGGAUUUUGCAGGGGUUUAGCCAUGCUGAGGGCGGCCAACACGAUCCGCAGGACCUUUUCUACAAGCUCCGCCUACUACCAAAAUAAACUGAAGCUGGCCCUGAUUGGCCAGAGCCUCUUUGGUCAGGAAGUGUACACAAACCUCCGGAAGCAAGGCCAUAAAGUGGUGGGGGUGUUCACCGUUCCAGAUAAGGAUGGCAAGGCAGACCCACUUGCUGUGGCGGCGGAGAAGGACGGCACACCGGUGUUUAAGUUCCCCCGCUGGCGUGUGAAAGGGAAGCCAAUCCCCGAGGUGGUGGAGACUUACAAGGCUGUGGGCGCUGAGCUCAACGUCCUGCCAUUCUGCUCCCAGUUUAUCCCCAUGAAUGUGAUCGACCACCCCAAACACGGCUCCAUCAUCUACCACCCAUCCCUCCUCCCGAAACACAGAGGAGCCUCUGCCAUCAACUGGACUCUGAUUGAAGGUGAUAAGAAGGCCGGCUUCUCCAUAUUCUGGGCUGACGAUGGCUUGGACACCGGUCCUGUUCUGCUGCAGAAGCAAUGUGCAGUGGAGCCCAAUGACACAGUGGACACGCUGUACAACCGCUUCCUCUUCCCAGAGGGAAUCAAGUCCAUGGUGGAGGCUGUGCAGCUCAUUGCCGAUGGCAAAGCUCCCAGGAUCCCUCAACCCGAGGAGGGGGCGAGUUACGAGGGAAUCCAAAAGAAAUCUAAUGCCAAGGUGAACAUGGCUCAGCCUGCCGAAGUUAUUCACAACUGGAUUCGUGGCCAUGAUAAAGUUCCAGGAGCGUGGGCUGUCAUUGAUGGGCAGCCGGUUACACUUUAUGGCUCGUCGUUGCUGAGCAGCCCAGUUCCUGCAGGUCAGCCGCUGGAAGUGGAGGGAGCGUCUCAGCCUGGACUCAUCACCAGCUCAGGCCUUGUGCUCUUUGGCUCUGAUGGGAAAGCGCUCCAGGUAAAAAGUCUACAGUUUGAAGAUGGAAAGAUGAUUCCAGCUGCAAAGUACUUCUCAUCAGGAGAUACUACCAGCAUAGAGCUCACUGAGGAGGAGAGGAAGAUGGCAGAGGAGAUCAGGGUGAUCUGGAAGGGCAUUCUGAGCAACGUGCCAGUAAUUGAGGACACAACUGAUUUCUUUAAGUCUGGGGCUGCAUCUAUGGAUGUGGUCAGGCUGAUAGAAGAGAUCAAGCAGAAGCGUGCAGAUAUUCAGCUGCAGACUGAGGACGUGUACAUGGCCACCUCCUUCCACGAGUUCAUCCAGAUGUUUGUACGGCGUCUGAGAGGGGAGGACCAGGAGGAGGAGCUGGUCAUCAACUAUGCAACAAAAGACAUUAAUAACAUGACCCUGAAGAUGCCCUAUCAGUGUUUCAUCAACGGGAAGUUUGAGGAUGCAGAAAAUGGCAAAACAUAUGACACUGUCAACCCCACUGAUGGCUCUGUGAUCUGUAAGGUUUCAUUUGCCUCUGUGGCAGAUGUAGAUAGAGCAGUGGCUGCAGCUAAAGAGGCCUUUGAGACUGGCCCCUGGGGCAGGAUGAACCCUCGCGACCGUGGCAGACUGCUAUACAAACUGGCUGACCUCAUGGAGGAGCAUCAAGAGGAGUUGGCUACUAUUGAGGCCAUAGACUCAGGAGCUGUGUAUACACUAGCACUGAAAACUCAUGUAGGAAUGUCCAUACAAACCUUCAGAUACUUCGCGGGCUGGUGUGACAAGAUCCAGGGCACAACAAUACCCAUCAACCAGGCCAGACCCAACCGCAACCUGACCUUCACCAAGAAAGAACCACUGGGAGUAUGUGCUAUUGUGAUCCCAUGGAACUACCCUUUAAUGAUGCUGGCCUGGAAGAGUGCAGCUUGUUUGGCAGCUGGAAACACACUCGUCCUAAAACCUGCACAGGUGACUCCUUUAACAGCACUGAAGUUUGCUGAGUUGACAGUUAAAGCAGGGAUUCCUAAAGGUGUCAUCAACAUCAUACCAGGAUCAGGUGGUCUAGUAGGACAGAGGUUGUCUGAUCACCCUGAUAUUCGUAAACUGGGCUUCACUGGCUCCACCCCCAUUGGCAAACAGAUUAUGAAAAGCUGUGCAGUCAGUAAUUUGAAGAAGGUCUCCCUGGAGCUGGGUGGUAAAUCCCCUCUCAUCAUCUUCAGCGACUGUGACAUGGACAAGGCUGUGAGGAUGGGCAUGAGCUCUGUAUUCUUCAACAAGGGAGAGAACUGCAUAGCUGCGGGCAGGCUGUUUGUGGAAGAGUCCAUUCAUGAUGAGUUCAUCGCACGAGUGGUUGAGGAGAUUAAGAAGAUGAAGAUUGGAGAUCCUCUGGACCGCUCCACAGACCAUGGCCCCCAGAACCAUAAGGCCCACCUGGAUAAGCUGGUGGAGUACUGUGACAUUGGGGUGAAGGAAGGUGCCACAUUGGUCUACGGAGGAAAACAGGUUGACCGACCUGGAUAUUUCAUGGAGCCCACAGUGUUCACAGAUGUAGAGGAUCACAUGUUCGUUGCUAAGGAGGAAUCAUUUGGCCCCGUCAUGGUGGUGUCCAGAUUUAAAGAUGGUGAUGUGGAUGGAGUGCUAAAUAGAGCAAACGACACCGAGUUUGGUCUGGCCUCUGGAGUCUUCACACGGGACAUCAACAAAGCCAUGUACGUCAGUGAGAGACUGGAGGCUGGAACUGUGUUUGUCAACACAUACAACAAGACGGAUGUGGCUGCGCCCUUCGGAGGCUUCAAGCAGUCUGGCUUUGGGAAGGACCUUGGUGAGGAAGCUCUUCAUGAGUAUCUCCGGACCAAAGCGGUGACGGUGGAGUACUAAGAGAAAACCUGCUGCUGCUACUGGACUUUGGGCUGGACUGCCAAGCAGUGGACGGAACUGCAGCUCGCACGCUUCAUCCGCCAACUUGCUUGGGCUUUCGCUCAGAACUGGUUUGAUCAGGGGGUUAAAAAAAGCACUCCCUGCCAAGACUUUACUUUCGUGCCUACGUUUUCUAUCAGUUUGUCUCCAGAACAUGCCUUUCUGCUCGGAGGGGGAAACGUUAGUUUUCCGUGCCAAGGCAGCUCAAAGACAUCCAAUAGUACCGUGCGAAAAACAUGGAUCAUUGCGGUCUUCAUUUUGGCAUCAGAACACGGUCAUCAACAGGACACUGCCAAUACCUGACUGACAACAUAUUGAAGUAAAAAAGGAAGCUUUCUACCUGUUACAUAAAUCCAUACACAGAACAUUCAUUCACUUAAAGCAUUUUGUCUUAAGAUGCUCAAAAGCUAUUUUAUGUUGCUUGAUACUUUAGGAAAUGUUAUACUGGUAUAUCACAAAGGUAGGUGAUUAAUAUUCACAGCAUUUUAGCGAAUCUCAUUUGACAUUAAUAUACAUGUACAUAUUUUAUAGAGAACAAGAUAAAUUAAACUUCUAUAUAUUUUUAACUUUGCAUUCCACACAGGAAAUACAGAAUGACUGUAAUCAGUAAAAUAUAAGGAUAAGCUGAGAAAGUGUAGCAAAAGGGAAACUGUUAAGAUGUGCUUCGGUACAUUGGGCAGGACAGUCUUCAGCACGGAUCUCUCAAGUCCAUUUUCCCCCAAAACUCCUCAGGUUGGAUUUGCUGGACACAAAUUUAGCCUAAUGUUGGACUAAAGGGGUUAAUAGGUAGAAUUCCACACCGUAAGUCUUUUAAUUUGAGUAAACACUUUACUGCAGGAAAGCUUAUGAAGCUGUUUAGAAUCUUUCUGAAUGUUAUGUAGUGUGUUAUGUGUCCUUUACUCACACAGAAGGACUAAAUCAUACUGCAAGUUGUUGUACAGUCUUGUGCAAAAGUUUGGUCAGAUGACAUUUUGUUGAUUUUCUAAGCGAAAAUAAGUGAACACAUCCUCUACAGAGAACACACUUCUGCACAUUUUAAUACACACUUUCUGUUUAUUUGUUAAUUUAAGAUAUUGGAAAAUAAAAACAUUAAAUGUAGCUUGGGCAAAAGUUAUGGCACAUUUUCUAUUUUAUGUAUUAUUUUAUGUUGAAAUUGUGCACUAAAAUAUCUAAUGCCAUACUAAAAACCCAUAUUUUACUUUGUUCCCUGUAGAAGAUGUGUUAACUUACUUAAUUUGACCGUUCAAACUUUUGCAUACAAAUGUAUAUAACAUUCAUAAAGGCUUUGGUGAAUGACAACAUAGGCAAUCCAGUGAAUCUCACAACAUCAACACUUUCUGUCCUUUUUGAACUAGGUAAUAUGUGGGGGGGGCAUUUCACUGACAGUAUUUAUUUUACCAAGCAGCCAGAACUGUUUCUAUCUGCAAUAAAAUGUGAAGGAGCAUGAACAAUUUCUACAUAAAAA